UCUCUGUCCAGGCAAAUUCACAGUCUAUACCCAGAGACUAAGGUUCAUCUGACGGGACAUUGCUAAAGAUAUAGCCGAUGACUUCACCCGGCGGACAUCGGCUACGCGGUCGGCAGUGGAUUGCCUCGCGGCACCCAUUAUAAUCAUCGCCGGCACCCGUGCUCGCUGUGCCCCUCGCUGUACCCUCAUUCAUAUCGCUGCUUCCAUCAACAUGGCGACCCCCGGCCUUCUCUGGGUGACGAUGCACCCUCGUCCGUCUCUCCCCACCGCCCAAUUCCACGACUGGUACAACACCGAACACGGCCCGCUGCGUCUGCGGCUGCCAUUCUGUACCAAUGGCUUCCGGUAUCGGGCGACCGACGGAGAGGAGCCCGAGUGGGUGGCUCUGUACGACAUCACCGACAUGGUGGAGUUGACGCGCGAAACCUAUCUCGCCCUCCGCGGGGACGGCAUCAAAACCCCGCGCGAAAAGGCGACCAUGGCCCAGAUUGCCGUGGAUCGCCGCCUUUACGACACCGUUCUAGAGCAGAAGGCCGCCGACUAUAAAGCCCUCGAGGAUACCCCGGAUACCGAGGCGGCCGGCGCCGUCCUCAUCGCCGUCUCGAUCACCCUCUCGGACGCCACCCACGAGGACGACUUCACCCGCUGGUACGCGGAAGAACACAUUCCCAUGCUGUCCCGCGUGCCGGGCUGGCGCUCUUCCCGUCUUUUCGUGACGGCUGUCAUCGACCCCAACGCUCCGCGCGAAUACCUGGCCGUGCAUGAGUACCACGCUCAGAAUGGCCUCGGCGGGCCCGAACACAAGGCCGCCAUGGACACCCCCUGGCGGAAUCGUCUGAUGACCGAGGCCGUGAGCCAGGCCCGUCGUCGCGUCUACCAGUGGGCAUACACCUUUGGACCGGCCCCCCGCGAGCUCUCCUCCCUGGCCUCUCCGGAUGUCGUUGGUCCGUGGUCCUCGAUCGAUGGUCGCACCCGUACAUUCCCGUCGCCGACCCGCCCGGCCGUCGAGUCGUUUGUCACCACCCCGGAUGGUGUGGAUCUGCCGUACCGGCUCGAGGGCAGCACGGAUCCCCACAGCCCGGUGAUUGUGCUCAGUAACUCGAUUCUCGUGGACUACACUAUCUGGGAUGACUUUGUCGAGCAGUUCCUCGCCGACCCACGUAAUCAGCACUAUCGGAUCCUGCGCUACUGCACCCGUGGCCGGCUGCAGGAGUGUGGUGAACAGCCGGUCAAUAUUGACCUGCUGGCGUCGGAUAUUAUCGCCCUCUUGGAUGCCCUACGCAUUCCUAAGGCGACGUUGAUUGGAGUGAGCUUGGGUGGAGUGACGGUGCUCAAUACCUCGCUGCUGUAUCCGGAUCGGGUAACGCGGUUCAUCUCCUGCGACACCAACAGCUCCAGCCCGGAGUCGAACCGCAAGGCGUGGAACGACCGGGUCGCCAUGGCCGACAGCGAGGGAGCUGUUUCCGCCACCACCCAGCAGACCAUUGUCGGCGAGCAAUUGGCCGAGAUCACCGUGCGCCGGUGGUUCACCCCGCAGACGUAUGAAACGCAGCCUCAUCUGCCCGCCAAGGCUAAAGAGCUCGUGCGGACCAACAGUUUGGAGGGCUUCCGUCGGAGCGUGCAAGCCUUGUGUGCGUAUGAUGUGCGGGAGCGGAUGGCGCAGGCGCAGGUGCCGGGAUUGUUUGUGGCGGGGGACAGUGACGGUGUGUUGCCGAAGACGAUGCAGCAGAUGGCGGCGGAUCUGAAGGGGGAGGCGGAGUUGAAGUUGGUGCCGAAGGCAGGCCAUUUGCCCAUGUUGGAGAAUGCGAAGGGGUUUACUGCGGUUGUGAAUGAAUAUCUUCAAUAGGAUUCUGUAUAGAAAUGGAUUCUACUGGUCUGCUCGUGUCAUACCUCAUGCUUUGUCUCAUGCGUUGUCUCGUGUCUUGUGUCUCGGUGAUCGGUGGUACAGAGAGGGGAUGUGCGGGGUUGCCCCCACUGUCUCCUCCUCUUAUAUCUGUCUCUCGUCCUGCCUGUUUUUCUUUCACCCUUCUGUAUCAACUAUCAAACAUCUACAUAGGCAACCAACCACAAUGUCG